GUGAAACGGUUUCCAUCGUCGGCUAUCAUUGGCGGCUACUCUAUCCCGCUUAUGUUAGCUUACUACACGGUGUUUGGAGCGUGAAAGGCUCAUGGCUAGCACGCUAGGUUUGUGAUGUAAAGUUCUUUAUUCCCGGUAAAACGCAUAUUUACGAACGGAUAUGACGCCGGCGAAAGAGGGUAUGCCCUCGCUCAUCGACAGGACGAUGAAGAUGAGGAGAGAGGAACAAGCGCGGAAAGUAGUGCUCGCCUGGGCUGUACUCAAUAUUUCUCUCGCUGGAAUGAUCUACACUGAAAUGACUGGAGAACUGCUUAGACGAUAUUAUAAUAUCACCUCCUGGCCCCUGUGGUAUGUAGAGCUGGUCCUCGCCUGUCUGUUCAGUCUCAACGCCCUGUUCGACUUCUGGAAGUACUUCAAGUACACAAUGGCUCCCUCCACCAUCACUCUGACCCCCGAACAGCACCGUCUCCUGGGCCUGCACUCUUCCGGCAUCCUGGCCACGCCCCCUCAGAUGCCGGAAAAGCAGGAGACGCCGUCGCCGUCCCAGCCCUCCCCUCUCAUGGGACAGAGCGUGCUCAGUUACAGCCCCUCCUGGCCCGCCAACACCAGCCCCAAAUUCUCCCCCAGCUGCGUGACUGGCUACAGCCCCUCCCUCCAGAGCCCCUCCCCCACGGGCAGCGGAGGUUCUUACUCCUCCCCCGUCACCUACUCCUCCCCGAGCAGCUUCGGCAAGGUGCUGAGCUACAGUCCCUCUCCCGGGUCCUCGCCCUACCCCAGCAGCAUCGGGCCCGUCGAGGGGACGAGCCUGCGGGCCAGGUACCGCACCUCUCCCUCCGUAUUCAGCUCCCCCGGUGGUAAGGAGGACUACGUGGCCGACCUCAAGACCCUGGAGAAGUUCCUGCGCUCCGAGGAGGAGAAAAGCCAGCGGAGCCAGCUAGGAAGUCCAGAGUUCGUGACCCCUUCCCACAGUCCCACGUUCUGGAACUACAGCCGGUCGAUGGGAGACUACGCUCAGAGCCUGAGGAAGUUCCAGUACCAGCUGGCCUGCCGCUCCCAGGCCCCCUCCGCACACAAAGACGAGACCGACCUGGGCUCCAAGCAGGCAGCGGAGGAGGUAUGGGCCCGGAUCACAACCAGUCACCUGGUGGUGGAUCGCAUAGACGGCUGGACCGCCAAGCUGAGAAACUGGAUUAAUGACACCAUCCUGGUCCCUCUGGUCAGUGAGCUGGACUCUGUGAACGCCCAGCUGAGGAGAAUGGGCUGCCCGGAGCUGCAGACUGGGGAGGCCAGCAUAAGCAGCCUGAAGCAGGCGGCUGUGGUCAAGGCUUCCGCCAUCCCCACUCUGAACACCAUCGUGCAGUACCUGGACAUCACGCCCAACCAGGAGUACCUCAGCGAACGGAUCAAAGAGCUGGCCCACAGCGGCUGCAUGAGCUCCUUCCGCUGGAACGCCGGAGGGGAGUGGAAGGGGAGGAAGUGGGACACGGACCUGCCCACCGAUUCAGCGAUCCUCAUGCACGUGCUGUGCACCUACCUGGACUCCCGGCUUCCUCCUCACCCCAGAUACCCCGAUGGGAAGACCUUCACCUCCCAGCACUUCAGCCAGACACCUGACAAGCCAGACGUGUCGAACGAGAACCUCUUCUGCAUCCACCUGAGCAGCGUUAACCCUCCUCACUACCAGCUGAUCUACCAGGGCCACGUGUACAGCCUGCCCAAGGGCAGGAACAAUCUUUUCCACACUGUUCUCAUGUUUCUCUUCAUCAUUAAGACCAAGGAGUCGGGGAUGCUGGGGAGAGUGAACUUGGGCCUCUCGGGAGUGAACAUCCUCUGGAUAUUUGACUGAUGUAGAGCUCUCAAAGAUCAUCGCAGUAUACCUCACCUCAGACUGACUUAGAAUCGGAUAGCUCUUUCAAAGACCCCUCAGAUUCCACACCAGCACACUCUUCACUGAGCAAUGAUCACAAACCGUUCUCUUUUGAUGGGACAUUUAUUAAAGCAAAUGACCUAAACAGGUGUGGCAGUCAAGCCUGGCACAAGAUGGUCAAGAGACAAAGAAAAUGUGCUUGUUGGAUUUAUCUGUAAAUUUGAAAGUGCACUACUAGUACAAAAGAAGUGCAUUAUUUGCAUUCUCGUUAGACAGCAUGUUCCUUAAAAAAAAUUUGAAUGCUAAAUAUUUAGGUGUGUGUAUAUCACUCUUUUGUAUUGAUUUGAGGGUUUCUAUUUAGCCUCCCCGGGCUCUACAGUGCAUUUGCUCCUGAUAUUUGAUGCGUGCUAACUGUAAAAACUAUUUAAGAGUGCAUGUACUAAUUGGGAUUACAUUAACGUGCUCCUGAAUCUUUCAGUUUAGGAGCACACGUACUCCCUUUGAAAGAAAUGUUUGUGUGGAACACUGCCUCGUACGCGUACGGAGUUUUGUUACUACGGCUGAAUGCUUCUUCAGUGCCAAGGUCAUUUCCUGCUGAGGACUCUUCAGUGACGUUCACUGCGGAGAGCUGAGGCACAGUCUGACGCAUGCAAAUCUUCCACCUUUAUUUCCACUGCUUAGUUACGGUGCAUUCAGUCCUAAAGCCUGCUUUUAAUAUUGCUUCUUCUGCUUUGAUGUGAAUUCUUCACAUCAAAUCUAGAUUUAUUUUUCCCCUUUUUUUAGGCAUUUGCAGCUGUGUAAAAUCUGUAAGGUGGCCAUGAAUCGGUGGCUGUGCUCUCCGCAGUGGAUGUGGAACAGUAUGAAUGUUAUGAUGAACGAAUUAGCUUUAGUUUUUUAUGCGGACGGCUCUGGUAUUAUCUGUUUAAGGGUGGAAGAAGUGGCCUCAAAAUAGGAUUUACAAAUUCCAGUUGUUUACAAUUUACCAAAAAUGCGGAAUGUAAAACUGUAAAAAUUUUAAUUGUAUGAAUUUGAUAUUGUGGUCAUUUUGAGUUGAGAAAAAGAAUAAACAUGUUUGUAUGAA